AUGUCUCAAGAAUUCCGUUAUGUUGCCCAACGACUCUUGAUAAGCAAAAAAACCAAUAUUCUUCAAGCUAAUAAUAGCUUUUGGAGCCCUACGUCACCAACGUCAUCAUCGUCCAAUAAUGGAAAAAAGAGAAAUAUCCUUGAAGUUAUAAAGUCAACCGUACAUACUUUUGACAAGGACAUUAUUGAAAUAGGUUCUUCCUGCUCGUAUAAAAGCUCAAAACAUCUACGAAUAGAUUAUGAGCAAUAUUCAACUUUUCUUCCUAUUCAACGAUAUUUGAGACAUAAAGACUCGUAUAUAUAUGUCGCAACAUCGAAAUUUAAAUCUCUUUGGUGUCGCCAUAGUAGCUACAUUAGAGCAGUGGCCAUGUCGACAGUAAAUGUGCAUGCAGCUAGUCCUCAUGCAAUGUUUAUUGGUGAUUUUGGGUUGGCUAAUGUCGAUCAGCAGCUCUGGAUCGUUUGUCAUUUAAAACGUUUACGUUUUUAUUUGGGUUAUUGUACUUGGUAA